AUGGGCUUACCGCAGGACUACGGCAUAGCAGAUAUGGAUGACACGAAGGUCACAAUACCGUUUCCUGCACCUACGAAGCAAGUCGCAGGAGAAGUAAACGGGGUUAAAACUGAUGUCAUGUACAUCUCGUUUGCGGACAAAAUCAUGAUCACAAUAACGCAGAAUGGCAGGCUAGGCCAAUGGGUUACUGUGCCACUCCUGAGUGACAACCCUACUCAUUCGGAUCCUUACUUCCAAACAAGCCGCUCCGGGGACGACGCCUUACUUCCAUCAACUCGCUUUUCGCCGCAAACGCUGCUGGGAGCUGGUAGUUCCGGGCGCGAGGCCAUGGGCCAACUAUACGCUUCGCAAAUUGCUGAUGCAAUCGUCACCAAGACACCCGACGAAAGUCGUGCUCUCAUGCUUGGAUUAGGGCUCGCCAAAGUCGAACUUGAGAGGGAUGUCUUCCUGCAAAUCAUUGAUCUUGUUCUAUCAGUCCUCUAA